GCGGAGCACAUUCUCUUCGACUGUAAGCCACUUACACAUUUCGAUCGCGCCGGUUCGUAGUCUCGUCGUGACAUCGUCGGCGGCCAGUUGAGCUGGUUUAGUUGUUGGGGGAAUGGGCAACGUGGUGGAGGCCGCGGCGGCCGCGAUCUCGCCGGAGCUCGGCGACGCGCUGGCCAAGGUGGCCGUGUUCGCGCUGGUGCAGGGGCUGGUCUACCUCAUCCUGCGCAAGUCCUCGGACGUCUUCUCCACGGCCAGCGCGGCGAGGUCCCUCAGCUUCCGGCCGAUGCGGAGCAUGAGCGUCCGGCGCGUGCUGGCGGCCUUCUCCGACGUCCCCGUCGGCGUUCCGGAUGAUGCCGGCUCGUCCGUGGCGCCGCAGGCCGGUGAUGCCGACCGGCGCGCAGACUAGUUGAAGUGUUUUCUGUGUUGAGCUCAUGUACGAGUCAGUGGCGCGUGCUUUCUUAGUUUCGUAGUUAUCGUUGGUAGUGGUUGUUCAUAAGAAAGGAUUGUACGAUGAACAUAAGAAAGUUUGUGUAUGUACAGUAGAUUGAACUGCAAUGGAUCGUUCGAUUUUAGUUUAAACGAAA